GCGGGUCAUUGUCCAAUGGGCGGGCGUCUUGUUACAUUGCGGGGCGACUGACAAGGGCCAGAGAAGGAAGGAAAGAAGGGGAUUGAAAAAGAAGAAGAAAGGGGGGCAGCAGAAACAGCGAUGGUGGCGGCGGCGGCGGGGGCUCCGGCGGGGGGAGGCUGCUGAGGAAGAGCAGAACUCCUACAAUCUAUAGUGGAAGAUAAGAUCUGACAGAUGGAUAGCCUUUCCAGUUCUGGGGAUGCAGUGACAAGCUAGAGCCCUAGGGCUUCCUUGCAAACGUUCAUUAUACUAAAUCUGGAUAUUGAGCAUCUUAAGAACUGUGAUGAUGACUAGCAAAUGUAUCCCAGACUGGACAAUGCCUGUAUUCCUCCAUCCCCUCCUGCAUUAAAGAACUGACUUAUCAAAACAGAGGGUGAAAGAGGAGUAGACGUUGUAUGAAAAUGCUUGGAUCUGAACGCAGUGUGGUAGAAGAAUGGCUAUCGGAAUUCAAGGCAUUACCUGAAACACAGAUUUCCAAUUAUGCAACAACACUUCAUCAGAAGAAAACAUUGGUGCCAGCUCUUUAUAAAGUCAUUCAGGACCCAAAUAAUGAGUUUCUGGAGCCUGUUUGCCACCAACUUUUUGAACUCUAUCGUAGCUCUGAGGUUCGCCUCAAAAGGUUCACACUGCAGUUCUUGCCAGAACUGGUCUGGGUUUAUCUGCGUCUCACUGCCAGCAAAGACAGGCAGAGUAAUGGCUGCAUUGAAGCCCUGCUUCUAGGAAUUUACAAUUUGGAAAUUGCUGAUAAAGAUGGAAACAAUAAAGUCUUAUCCUUCACCAUCCCUUCCUUAUCCAAGCCGUCAAUUUAUCAUGAGCCGUCGACCAUUGGAUCCAUGGCUUUGACCGAGGGAGCCCUGUGUCAGCAUGACCUCAUCAGAGUGGUUUAUAGUGACCUUCACCCUCAAAGAGAAACAUUCACUGCACAGAACAGGUUUGAGGUGCUGAGCUUUCUUAUGCUGUGCUACAACUCUGCUAUUGUCUACAUGCCUGCCUCUUCCUAUCAGUCACUUUGCAGGAUGGGUUCUAGGCUCUGUGUGAGUGGGUUUCCACGGCAACAUGAAAAAAGUUGGAAGGAAGACUGUGGCAGAGUGGUACUAGAGCCUGACUUCAUGGUACAGCUACUCACUGGUGUCUAUUAUGCUAUAUACAAUGGACAGUGGGAACUUGGUCAGGAGUCACUGGAGGAUAUAAUUUACAGAGCGCAGCUUGAACUCUAUUCUCAGCCAUUGCUGGUUGCAAAUGCUAUGAAGAACUCAUUGCCCUUUGAUGCUCCUGAUGCAUCGCAAGAAGGGCGGAAGGUGCUGAAGGUGGAGGUUACCCCAACGGUGCCAAGGAUUUCUCGGACUGCUAUUACAACAGCUUCGAUCCGCCGACAUCGCUGGAGAAGAGAAGAUGGCUUUGACUUCUCAAACGAUGCUGACUUGAGCAUUCCUGGAUCCCCGAUCCUACACGGCUCCACAGACCUAGGGAUCAAACGCAAGCAAGAGGGGGACGUGCUGGUGCUCAGGACCCCUGAGUAUGGCUCACCGGAGCCCAACUUGGCAGCAGCCACAACAGAGGAUGCUGAUGGUAUCAAUGGAAGAGAAGAAUCUGUGAACCUUAAUGAUGCUGAUGAAGGGUUUUCCUCUGGAGCAUCCCUGAGCAGCCAGCCAGUUGGGACCAAACCUUCAUCCACAUCCCAAAGGGGCAGCUUAAGGAAAGGAGCAAGUGGCCGUUCAGCCAGGGAUAAAGAAAUCGCUUUGGCCACCAAACCGAGUGAGAGCCCUCGAGAAUCUGCCCGUAAGCAGUACCUACACCAGUCAAUCGACCUCAGUACAGAUGCAAUUGAAAUGACUCCUACAAAGAAACACCUGAGCCUGCCUGCUGGGCAGGUGGUGCCAAAAGCCAAUAGUGUGAGCCUGAUCAGGACUGCCAGUGCUUCUUCCAGUAAAUCAUUUGACUAUGUGAAUGGCAGUCAAGUGGGCUCCAGUGUUGGCAUUGGCAGCGAGGGUGUUACUAACUUAGCAGCUGGCAACACCAAUCGAUUUUCGACCAUUAGUCUACAGGAGGACCGCUUAGGACAAGCUGGAAAUGGUAAAGAUGUCCUCUCACCAGGAGCUCCUCUGACCAAGCAGUCCCGAUCCCCAAGUUUCAAUAUGCAACUGAUAUCCCAGGUUUAGCUUUGUUAUCCUUCCUAUACUUUUCCCUUUACCCAAUUCUUCCUUGAGCAACUACAGCAACCAUCAUCCUAUAGUGUGAAAAUCCAGGCUUUUGUGAUCUUGUUCAACUCAUUUUAGAUACCAUACUAUAUUUUGUACUGAAACAGCAAUAAAACCUCAUAAUCCAGUUCCUCUUCGUGGCCCCUUCCCCUAUAAAUGUGGUUGUGAAGCAGUAUAAAAUGUACUUUAUGCCUUUUCCAUGCCUUCCUUUCUCCUUGGGUGAUGUGCAAUCCAUUGUAGGCUGAUCAAUCCCAUUUCAACACUGUGAGUCUUGAGAAGAUCAGAGGAAAUGGUGAAUGUGAUCCCUAUGAAAAUGAAGCUUUUGGCUUUCUUGAGAAAUAGAAACGGGUUAGUUUUCUGAAUCUACAGUUCUGCAAAGACUACUGGAUUGUGACUUUGUCUCUUGGAACCAGGAGUGCCUCAGAGAUUCUAGUAGGACUUUGGACCUCUGAGUUUGUGCAAUCAGUUUUGAGGGAGGGGGAAUGCUGUCACUGUUCCUGGCGGCUGUCUAAAUGCACUUUGUCAUUGAAAUGAGAGUAGUCCUCCUUCUCCACCAUCCUUCACUCUCUUGCUCUCCCCCACAAAAAACUCCCUAAUAUUCAGCAACGGAGUCUUGUGUGUUACCAAGUUACAGCUUUCUCAGAAAGAGUGUGUUGUUAAGUAGACAGUGUAGGUUACAAUGCACUUUUAAUGGCGUUGUAGCCAUAUUUCAUGUUACAUGUCUUCCCCCUUCAGGACACAGGGUUAUUUUGCCUGUAUACUCUGACUUUGAAAGGUAAAUUAUGUUUUCAGUAACUGAAAAGUAGAAAAGGGGCACGCAGACUUUCGCCCAAAUUACUGCUUGGUACUGCUCCUUUUUAAAAGAAGAGUUAUUUUUGUAAACUAGUGAUCUUUGAAAUCAACAAGAAUUUCAGGUUAAGGGGAAACUCUUCAGGCUGCUUGCUCUGGGAUGACUAAAUUUGGUCACAAUAGAGACUUGGAAACUUAUAGGAAAGACAGAAUGUUCUCCAGCAGGAUGUGCCAGAAACAGAGGUAAUGGUUUCUGGAAACACUGAGGUGGCUGUGUUCCCUUGAAAUCAUUGCCCAAACAGUGGGGUUUUGGGCAGUCUUCUCUCCCAAUAGGAUAACAGCUUACUGCCUAUAUUGUGAUUAAUCCAUUGCAACUGACCAUUCCUUCUAGCUAAUGUGAUGGUGAUGGGGGAAGGGAGAGUAGUUCUUUCCCCCCUGCCCCCCAAUUCUAAUCUUGAAUGCAUGUAACUUAUGCGUGGGCAAUAUUUGUCAUCUGUGUUUUAUAUCACUGUUUUAAAAUGCUUUAGUUAUACUAGAGAAAAGUAUUCAUCAGGUCUUAGUUGGUCUUGUAUACAUAAGAAGCAAAAGCAAAGACUUUGCUCUCUUAUCCCUUGCUGUAUGUUGACCUUGCAUUUUUCAGGUUCUUAUCUUUUAAGCAGAUGGAAGUUAUAUAUCCAUAUCCAUAUUAGGUUCACUACAAUCUGAAGGGAAGCUGGGAGAAGUAGAAACAAAAUGGGUUAUUUUUAGAUGGAUUAAAGCCUAUGGCAUUCAGUACUAUGAAGUGCCAUUACUCUGCUGGAAAAUAAUUAAAACAAUAUUUAAAAUGUGAUUCCAGUUCUGCCCUUUUUCCUUUCUGCCUCUUAAUUUGAAAUUGGGCCUUUUCACAGAAACAUAGCCAAGCUAAUUAGUAAAGUUGUUACAAGAGAGAAGGAAAACUCCUGUUUCAGUAAUUAACGACCAUAAACUGGAAGCACAGAAAGGUUUGCCUGUGAUUAGAUGUUUAGCCAUUGCAUUUAGAGCAGGGCUGCAACUGUAGCCCUCUAGCUGUUUUUUAGACUACAACUCCCAUCAUCCUCAGCCGGCCAUUAGUUAGAUAUGAGUGGAGUUGUAGUCAAACAUCUGCAGGAGGGCCAGAGUUGUGCAGCCCUAAUUUAGAGAGUAACAUUAAGCAAUAUGUUGUACGGUGUUAAUCUUUGCUAGGCCUCUUUUUGACUUUGACAUAGUAAUCAAAGGCAACAUCAAGUUAAACUUGGUAAAAUGCUUAUAUUUCAUUGAAUGGAGAUGGGAACAGGCUGUUCAUGUUCUAGAGUACUGGUAGGAUGCACUCUUAAUCAAACAGUUGUUGUGCAGAAAUGCUUCCUCCUGUUAAACUAUGGCUGGGAUCCAAGGCUAUAUGAUUAGUGCUGUAGGCCAAGGGGAACUUUGGGCUUCUGUUUCUUAAACAGAAGCCCCCAUGCCACAUACCAAACCACUUCUAAAUAUAAGGACUUCCUAAAGCAGAUUUGUGAUAUGGCAUUGGGGAUGUGAGGGGGUUCAAAAAUGGGUUUUUAAAAGUCCCACUGAACAUACCCAAGUCCAUAGACACACCUGAAGUAGCUCUUUGGAUCCUGCUGUGUGUAUUCUGGGCAGACUUAAGUUGAAAAGGGAAUCUUAGUCAAAUAAUAGCAAUGGCUAUAAAGUAUACUAAGGACCAAAUUGCUGCUUUGUACUUUUCCUCUUUGGAAGGCAUACAAGUCAGAUGUUCCAACUAGUCUUAAAGAAUGUGCCAGCAUAUUUCUGAUAUGUAGCUGUAGUAUACUCACCAUAUUGCAGAAAGGCAUUGGCUCAUUUGAACCAAAAUAUGUCACACACGUCCUCACCAUGUUAAAAUUUCCCAUUAUGUGUCCUUGGGCUGGGGUAGACAUUGAUGAGAUAAAGAUGCCCAAUCUCAUUAGUUAGCAAUUUGCUUCUUUUGUUGUUGUGCAGUAAAAUGUUCUUAUUUAGUUGUGUUUAGUGCCUUUGAUGUGUUUUAAAAAUCUAAUCUGUUACAAAUGUUUGCUUGCUGUUUUCCUUUUUGUCAGUGACUUUCAUUGUGUGCUUUAGACACAGCAUUUGAAUUCUGUCCACUUUCUAAUAUGCACUUUUCCUCAAACAGUGGGCUCCAACUGAUAUGCUUACCUUUGUCCCAAGGAUCUUUUAUAUUAUGUUCUGUUAAAAAAUGAAUGCUGCUGAACAUCUUUCCUUCAGGUUAUUCCUCUUUCUUUCUAAUAUUGAGCAAUCAUUUUAACAGGCAAUGUUUUAGUAUCCAUAGAUGUAUUUGCUGCUCCAUGCCAAGAUGCCCCAAGUUGUAUUGGAGCAGUAUACUAAUGCUUAGUAUGUGUAAGAAGUGGCUCAAUGUAGAUGGAAUAUCCCCCAAUCUCCUAAACAUGGUUAAGAGAGUAGCAAUGCCCCACAAGCUUGUGUGUGAUGCCCUUUCCUUUCCUCUCCUUGUGCUCGCAUGUUCCUCUUCUACUCAAUCUCCCCCUUUGCAUUUCAGUUAUACCUGCACUGAGUUGAACACAAACUAUAGUUUUAAACCAGUGCUUGAAACCCGAGUGAGAAGUAGGUUACAAACUCUGGUUUAACAUUAAGCUUGGUUAGCAUUAAUCUUGGUGUAGAUACGAUACUAACCAUAGUUCUCUGAAAAGAAAGCGGGGGGGGGGGCAGCAUGCACACAAAUGUGAGUAGUGCUCCUAUCUCUUAAUGAUGGUUGAGAGACUUGGCUAAUGUUACAUCUAUAGCCACUGCAUUUUUAUAAAGUGAAUGAAAAUGGAAUGAAACUGCAUUGAAUUGAUGUGGAAAAGCCAGCCUUGCCAAAUGAAGGGUCACAUAUUUGGCACUGUCCGUACAAGCUGCUUAUCUACAAUCCAUUAUUAAGUGAAAACUAGUUAUCUGAUGAUUAUGACAAAAAUAGAUACCUGCAUUUAAAGUCCUUUACCCCAAGCUGUUCUGAUAUAGGUUCUGUUCUAAUGCCAGCACCUUAUAAUACUUUGUUCCUUAUGAAGCAUACAAAAGAACAAAAUAGAACACUUGGACAUCUUAUGUGUAGAAUUAAGUAGCUGUGAAAGAAUAUUGUUGGGUGGGAAGUUAUGUUCAUAGACCACCAAGGUAAGAGGAACUUAAUAUAGAUUUUAUAUAACUCCAAAAGUCAAUCAUUUUGAUGUAUAUGUUGGUUUGGCUUUGAGUUAUAUAAAACACAUUAAGUUUUUCUCUUACCUUGGUCAUCGUUAUAGAUUUAUUGUGGGUAACCAACUUUUUGUUGUUCAGUUUCACUUCUUUGAUUGAAGAAAAAUUCUAUGGACAACGCAAGAUCAGAUUUUUCUGGAAAUAUCUAUGGACGUGGUGGGUAGGAAUGACAUAGUAUAUUGCAUAUGCAUUCUUCUGUGAAGUAAUUGUACAUCUUAAUUGGACUUGCAUGUUAAUUUCCCACAAUUAAAUAUACUGCCAUUCAUUUUGCUCUGGGUUCCAUAUAUGAGGAAGAGUAAACAUACAGUUGCAAGUUAGUCAAGUCAACAGACUUUGACCAAGCCUUUUGAUUAUUUGUUAUGUAGUUAGUUUGGUUAAGGAAACAAUCUUUCAUGUUGCAGACAACUGUGUGAAAGGAAAUAGUUAAUUUGAUACAAAACAAUAUUGAGUAUUGGGCUGAUGAUGAAUAUUUCGUACCUCAUUGCAAAUUUUGGGGCAGCUCUUUGGUUCAGUUUUUUUAAAAGCUUAUCAAUAUGAAACUAUGUUUAGUUCCAUGCUGGAAUGAUGGAUUCAUCAUAUCACAUUGAAUAUGUUUCACUUAGACUACUCAUAGGAUUUGCAAUAUAGUCAUGUAAAAUUAUCUGAUACUUAAUCAGGUUUGUCUCCUGUUCUUUCUAGAAUUAGUGCAGGUUAUGUUCAUCUGCACUCUGAUGUUGGAGAAGUGAAAAUAAUGUUUUCAACUAUUUUACUUGCACUAUUCUAAGAACAAUAGAGUUAAGGGGGCAGAUUUUUUUUUCCUUAUGCGAUUAGUGUGUGUGGAUUUGUUGUGUUGACAAUCAAUUGCCUCAGUUGUUUGUAUGCUGUAUGUAAAUAGAAGUAAAUAUAAGAUCAUAAAGCAAGACAGUUGUAAAACUACUGCAUCUAUCUUGCCUAUUUUAAAAAUGUGAUUUGCAUUUUAAUAUUUAAUAAUCAGUAUUUACCUGUCAGGGAAAAACUUCUGCAGUUGGCUACAAAUAAUAAUUUCUAAAGGAAUAAUUUUAGGGUAGAAAGUACUAUCAUAAGACCAUGGUUUAAACAGACCCUCCCCCUUUUUUCUAAGUACACCUAUUGUAAUGGAAUUUGUAAAAUGAGGAUUAGUCUAUUAAUUAUCAAUCUUCAUUUUUAUUUAAUCCUAAAACACACUGAAAAAGAAAAUACUAUUUGGAUAAAAUAAAAAAGCUUGGUGUUACAAAUUCAGAGGCUUGAACAGGAAGACGGAAAGCACUGUGCAAUUAUAAAUUAGCUUUUACUCAAAAUGUAAAUCAGACAAACUGUAAAGUGCUGAAAUUCAGUCAUUGCCAAAGACAGUUAACUUGCUGUAGUAUUACAUAUAUUCAGUCUUGGGGCAUUAGGAGAAAAUAUUACUUAUACAAAACCCUUCACUGGUUAAUUUAUUCUAUUUCAUUCCAGCCCUGUAAAGCUACAUAGAUUAACUUUUAGGUACAGUCUAGAGAAGGAAAGGUUUGCUUAUUUCUCACUGAAAUCAGUGACAUGUCACUGAUUUCUCAUUUAUUUCAAUGACAUGUCACUACUUCAUAGGUUUCAGUGUGUCUCAGGCAUGUCCAAAUUUCUCUGGAUAACCCUCACUGUGCUAAGUCUGAAUACUCCAUGUUAAUUAAUCUACAUAAUUCUUGGUCCUGUUCAGAAUAUGGAACUUGUUACUUUUUGAUGUCCUGUCAUUUUUCUGUCUGUCACAAACCAAAGAUUCCUUAGGUUCACUUAAGUGCUUAUAAUGAGUCCCUUGACCUUUUUCUUUGAAAAACCGAUACAUCCCAUCCAUAUUGCAAAUAGCUUUAGAAACUCUCUUCAGUUCUAAAAGUAGUCUGUCGUGACAUUUGCGGGGCUGCUGUUGGAAGAAAAAACAAAUCGAGAGGCCUCUUGGACUUGAUAGGUUUAUGCAUUUUGGACCAUGCUCACUACUUAUUUAGAACAAUGUUCUGCUCUAAAACAAACCUACCUAGACUUGAUAGAGAAAAAUAUCAAACCUGAAGCACUCCAGAGAGUAAAUGAGUAGGAUUUUCAAAAUCGGGUGUGCUAAUGCUCACUUAACCAUCUUCAACAUUUGUAAAGUCAGUUAAAUUGCAGUAUCACUGUUUUAAAUGCAGGCGCAGAAGACAAAGAUAUAGCCAUUAUAAAUAACUUACUGGAGUCGCUUGGGAUUAUCACGAUUGGGCACUGGAACUGCAUAAUAGGUUCAAUAGUCAACUUUAGGAGUAGAAUUUAUAAUAUUUAGAUGGUUGCAGAGUUGGGGUAUAAAGUUUUUUUAAAAAUCAUUUCUGAUUGUUCCUCAAAUUGCAAGGUAGAGAGAUUUUUAGUGAGCGCAAUUAAAUUCUUUUAUUUCUUGACUUCACACUUAUUUUAAAAGUGGACUUCAAAAACCUUUGUCUUUUCUGUUAAAUGUAGAAGUAUUGAAGUACUUACACAUUAGAUCACAUUGACAUUUCUGGGUGCGUUAAUUCAGAAGGGACCAAGAUUCUUCCUGUUCUAGCAGUACAAAUAUGAAUUCCAACAGUUAAUAGUUCAUCUAAAUUAACAAAACCCCAAAUCUUUAUUCUACUUAAACUAGGAUGUGAACUAUCUGAAGGGCGAGGUGUGCUAUUUCCCUACGUUUACACAACUCUAAUCUCUUUGACUUUAAAUUUUAUUUUAUGAUAAAUAGAGCUUCUAACCUAUAAUCAGUUUUGAUUUAGUACUCCUAUGUGAGUGAAAUGUGUGUGUUUAUCUGGUCCUUUAAAAAAAAUACUUUUUACAAUAUUCUUACCAAUCAGUUUAGAAAUUGUGGGAAGGGCAUUAGUACCUGGCUAUUCUUGGAAAGUUUUAUACACUGUAAAGGAGUCUCUUAAGUGGGAAGAAAACUCUUCCAUAUUAAGUAUUUUACAGGCAGGGUUGUUGAGUUGUCAGCCACUUAAUCAUUUUGAAACUACAAUUUUGGUCUGAGUAGUUUUACAAAUUGUUACAGGCAAUGAAGAGAUUUUUCACACUCCUCACAAUCUGUAGCAAAGUUCUAAUAUUUGUAGUAAGAUCACUUUUACAAUUUAACUUUGAUUCUUAUUGUUGUGGAGAAACUAAUUAGUUUGCCAAGUAGCUGUAUAAUCCUCUAGUGUUGAAAGACAUACACCCUUUCCCUUGCUCCCAAACUUGCUUUCAUACAAGGGUUUACUACUUUGAACUAAGCUUUUGUGAAGGAUUUUUACUGCUUUGGCAUUGUGUAAUCUAUUACCUCACUCACAAAAGGAGCAUAGGCAGCAAAUACCCCACUUACUGUAUACAAAAUCUAUUUGGCAAAAGGACUAGAAUUAUGUUAAUGCUCCACCAGCAUGAAUUUGCAUGUUGGUAUUGACACCCCAAACAUUCAGGAUUUGGUGCUGGUGAAAGGCUAUCAAAAUGGGUAUGUCUUCACAGUGUUUGGUCAUCUAACCUGGGAACUGUGAAAAUGCUUGUGAACAGAGCUCAGAGGACAUGUUUGAAGAUCAUUAUAUUGGUGCAUGUGAGCCAUUAUCUUAACUGUCUUACUGAACUUGGUUAAUGCUGUUAACUGUUGUUGAAAUGUGAAAUGUAGUUAACUGUUGACCUUGUAAAUAUCUGCCAGAGUCAUAGAGAAUAUUUUAAUCACUGUAAAUACAGAUGUAUAAAAUUGAAAUGAAUCUGCAAUGCAGAAAAUCUAUAUAUAAAUCUAUUAAAAUGUUUAAAUAAAUAUUGUGCUGUUUCUGGAAAAAAA